AUGCUCGAUCCCGAGGAACAACGUGCUGGUCAUCUUGGCCUUGCUUUUCGAUUCAGUCUGGAAUGGGCGUUCAACCGAUGUAUUCACCAAUUUUGGGUUUUGGAAACAGAUCGGCGCCGCAACGGGUUCGAAUCGAUCUUGAUGCAUGUGCGCGUGCUGAACUGGAACGUGUUCCUGCGGCCACCGGGAGUCCAAGAAAGCGGCAGUGACCACAAGGAUGUCCGUCUUGAGCUCAUCAUGCGCAAGGUCGUGCAGUUUGACAUCGUCCUUCUCCAAGAAAUGUUUGCUGUUGGAUCGUCGAGGCUGCAGCGCUUGCUGGCCUUUGCAAAAGAGCACGGCUUGGCCUAUCAUGCGGCGCCCGUGUAUCCGUCGCUGUGGAGCCGACAAGUAGUCGAUGGCGGCGUGCUCAUCCUCAGUCGGUAUCCCAUCCGCCUGUCCAAGACGCACCAAUUUACCGAUGGAUGUGGCAGCGACGCCCUCGCCGCCAAAGGCGUCGUGUAUGCCCAGAUUCAACUCGGUGGUUCGCCUCAGCAUGUCCUUGAUGUCUUUACGACGCACACGCAAGCCGGCGAUGGACAAGUCGCGACUGCAGUGCGGUGGCGGCAACUCGAAGAGCUCGCCUGGUUUGUCCACACGAACCGAACUCCAUGCACUCCAGCGAUUUUGGGUGGAGACUUCAACUUGGACGCGCGGCACAACGUCCAGUUUGCAGGCGACGCAAAGCCCAUUUUCACCAAGUGCAAUGAAAGCGAGGGGUACAGGCGUCUCGUCCGACUCCUGUCGAGCGCAUGCAGUGGCACGCCGGACACCGCCGCGGCAGUGGCGAACGUCCUGGCAUCUGCACACGAUGUCACAAACGCCAACGGCCAUGGAGUGCUGUCCCAUUUGUGGCCAAAAGCCCGCGUCGACGAAGUGGGCAAGUGCAUCGACUACUUGUUCCUCCUUGGCCCUAGUACGACGAGCAUCGUCCAUGCUGCAAUCGAUCAUGGCGCCGCCGACGAUAGCAUCGUUGGGGUGCAUCCGUGGCCAUUCACGCAUCUAUCUGACCACUGGGCCAUCACUGCGACGCUCGACGUUCCAAGUGUGGAUGGCAUUUCCGACAUCCAUUUCGAAUCCAAUCCUUCCACAUGGUCCACUUCGUCGUGGCCGUUUAAAUGGACGGCGGUCGUCGCCAGUGCCAGCGGUGCGAUAGUCGCCAUAACUUUCUUUCUCCUUCACCUGCUGCUCCGUUUCUUCGGAGAGAAGUAGAUGGCUCUUUCCAUACGACAGCGUACACAUGGCGUUGUCGCCUGGCACGUGCUCCAUUAGGCGACCUAGACUCGACCAGCUAAAGCACGUCAUCCAUCUGGACAUUGGGCACGUCGAGAAGAAUUUGAAGGGAUGCGUGCACGAGCAUGCCAUUUGCUUCAUGCGGCUGGUUCUGCUCGGGCCCCAUGGCAUGACCUGAUCGACGUAGUUGCUGUCCAGUCUGCCGAAGUGGUCAGACACAGGCUCCAAACCGGUCGAUGGGCUGGAAAGCACUAGCAUCUUUUGGACCUUCCCCCCGACUCUGUCAGGCCAUCGAUGCAACAACGCCAUGCGGCAACUGUCGAUGUCCGCCGUGUGCGCCGCCCAACAAUGUGACCGUAUUUGACGCUUGCUUGGCAUGGCGGGGCGUUUUCGUUUCGAU